UUUUUUCCAGGGGCGUUCCGGUUGUACGACCUUGACCAGGAUGGGUACAUCACGAGGGACGAGAUGAUCAGUAUAGUCACAGCCAUAUACGAGAUGGUGGGAAACAUGGUGAAACUUCCAGAAGAAGAGAACACACCAGAGAAGAGGGUAGACAGAAUCUUUGCCCUAAUGGACAAGAACGGAGAUGGAAGGUUGUCAAUGGAAGAAUUUCAGGAAGGUUCCAAGUCUGACCCCUCUAUUGUGCAAGCCCUGUCGUUGUACGAUGGCCUGGUAUAGGAGCCACAGGGCGCAGGGUCUCUAUGCAGUGUACAGACAGUCUUGCCGACAGUAACAAGUUUUGUCAAAGCCACUUGAUCUGGUGAUGGAGCAAGGAAGAAGGUGCACCCAACUAGUUUGAAGGCUGCUUCCAACUUGUGUGACUACACGGCUGGGAGUGCACUGAAGCUAAUCUGGAUUGUAUCCAAGCUAAAGAUUAUUUUGUUGGGAUAGUUAACUGUUAUUGAAAGAAACAAACUUGAAUGCUCUUAGUAAUAUGUAUUUUAUUGGAAUAUUUUAAACUAAAAGCAUUGGAAAGGUUAACUUAAAGAAAUGUGUAUCACUUUCAAUGAUGUACUUGAAGAUAAUCAGUGGGCAUUAUUUCCCAGGAAGAAUAUCCAUCUGUGUGAAGUCAUCCUUGUUUCAGAACUAUCAAUCCUACAGGUUACAUGUUGGAAUUUUUUCAGAAUUCUGGUAGCCUUAAGUGACAUGAGAGACGUUGAUUUUGCGAUAACAUUUGACAUGUCAAAACAAACGUUUCACCAAACCAGACUUUUUAAAUGAACUUGACUUAGAAAGGAUACCGACAUGUUGAGCAAGGAGUGGUGAUAUUGAUUGUGGUUCCAGAUGAGGAACUUGUGAUAUUACGGUCUAAGCAAAUUCAAAGUGAUGAUUAAAGUUAACAAAAGUGCAGCUUCUAAAGUAUUUUGUCAGAGAAAGGUGUAACUAGUAUUUUUAUUGGCACUUCCAUGUGAGAAUACCCACGCCAGACCGAGUUGUUGAUGCAGGAAAUGCAAGAAUCACUGCUUGACUGUGAUUGGAAGAUGACCUGAUAUUUGAGCGUCAUGUGACCAUCUAGUGCCAGCUGAUUGGUCAACAUUUUAUUUGAUUCAGUUAUGGCAUAGAUGAGGUAGUGAGGAAACAUUAACAUGGAUGAUACAAAACAUUUAGAACAGAAAAACACUAAUAGUCAGUGAUACUUCAUCACAAAUAGAUAAGUAGAUUGCAACAAGUAGUUUCUGUGGAAGCUUUCUGGUGUCAGUGGGGACAGAUUGCAAUUUUUAUACAGAGAUAUAUAUCUGUCAUAGUAUGGAAGGUCCAUGUAUUUAUCAGGAUAGUCUGUGUUCUAUGUGUGCAAUAUGAACUAUGUGACAGGGUUUUUGUGUAACGCUGCAUGCUGAAAUUAAGAGAAGUAGUCACUUUGAGUUUCUGUAGCCUGUACCCAUGACAUUUUUGUCAUGCCUUUUGUUAUAUAGUAUUUAAGGUCGACUUGUCUUAUUUCUCAAACUAAGAUCAACACCAAAUAUUUGAUGACAAAGUUUUCUGUAUUGCUAUGUACUAUUUAACGAGUCCAUUUGACAAUUACAUUGUAUUGGUUUGAAGCCUUUAACCCACCAACAUGAUAAUGAGUCAUUACACAACUGAUUUCCUUCUCAUCAUUAAAAUGUUUUGUAAAACAACCCUCUCAACUCUGUAAGCUAGAAAUAACUGAAUCAACCCCAGCCCAGCAUAGUCAAAAGUAUUUUCCAAAAUGUAUUACCUCAUAUUUCUUAUUCAGUGCCAAGUUCUUCCUAAACUACUGUCAGCAUGUGUCUCAUUCUGUGCAUUAAUGUUGUGCCUUGAUGCAUUUUUUAACUAACAAUGUUUUAUUUAUGAACUAGACUUCGUUGUCAGAUGGUAAAAUAUUAUUAACAGAGAAGUUGUCAGGAUAGGGUUUGUGUAAAUGUUGAUGAUUUUAGUCCCAUGUCUUUUAGUCUUGCCAAGAGUAAGGUUUAGUCUAUAUUGCAAAGCCACACACAAAUUCAGAAUCAAAGCUUAGAAUGGGUGUUCAGGUUAAGGCAGGGGCAUUAUCCCUUUAAUUUGUUACAUACAGGACCAAGACUUAUUUGUCCUGGACAUGUAUUAUCGGUAAUGCAAGAAAAGAUUUCUCAAACUUCUGUGAAGCAGUGAAGGAAAACAAUCAUGUAGUGGAUAAACCUUGUCAGUACCUGCCUUACACAGCCCUUAAAUAGUUACUCUCAUGAGCAUCAAUGAAUCGGGUGUUAAGAGUUCUAGAGUAAACUGUACAUAAUGCUGCUGUAGUGUCUGGUGUCUUGUGUAAAGUGAAUGUUACUGCAACAUGCAGUUGUUUAACUGUUAGUCUUUUUGGACAUCUGAAACAAAAAUGUGUGACAAAACUUGUCUUGAAGGUAUGUGUUAAUAAAUACAGUAUAACUGAACAGUG